GCCAUACCUGACGUCACAUCCCCGCGACAGCCAUUUGUCAAGAGACGAGCAAAUCUACUGGCAGUGGUGGCGGCAGUCAACGCCAAAUUACCCCCGUUAGACAAGCCCUUUUCUGCCAUUAGACGCACCCCCUUCUCGUCACCAACGGAGGCCGUUAAAGCGGGUGACGUAAAGGGACAUCAUCGACAUCUUCCCGGCGGUGUUAGCGGACUGCUUUGACCGGAGCGGCUAAUGCUAGCUAGCCGACACACGGAGCGAUGCUAGUUAGCCGGUGCUGCUAACGUGUCGCCCUGCAGCACACACGGGGGAAGCAGCCACGGAAAGGCGGGGGAGAGUCUCCGGCGUUGGCGCCUGUAAGCUGACGAGGACCCGGCUUUGACGACCACCAGGAGCUACCGGAGAGGCCCGCUGUUCCCGUGCAUCCUUUUAUCUCCGAGAACGGCAUCACAGCGUUCUGACCCGCCGAUGACCUCUUGGACAAGCGCACUGAAAGGGCUUUGUGCACGGGACGAGGAGUGGACAGCGAGCGUGGCAUCGGCAGCGAAGACGAGCGCUUGUGGCUUGAGCAAACACAGGCAGAGAGACCUCAUGUCAAGACCUUCUCCUCCUCAGACAGCUUAGCGAAGGUCCAGGAGGUAGCAAGCUGGCUUUUGGAAAUGAACCAGGAUCUGCUGUCGGGGGGCAGCAGCAGCAGGCGGAGUCGGGGGCCGGGGGGUUCGGCGGUGAGAGGUAACGCCUCCUCCACGGCCCGGGCGCCGCAGCAGCAGGCGGCGGCGGAGGAGGCCGACGAGGAUGAGCACAUGAACCGGGUGGUGGAGGAGGCGGAGCAGCUGCGACCCAGGGUGAGGCCCGAGGCGUCGCAGGUGGACGUCGACAGGGGACAAGCGUGGGCGCCCAGCGAGUCGGGGGCCAGCAACGGCCCCGGGGGGGACGAGGAGGGCCCCCCCAACAAGGUGAACAGAGGCGAGAAAGGAGCCAGGUGGACGUGGAGGGCGGAGCAGAGGCCGCAGGAGGACAACGAAGAGGAGGAGGAGGAGGAAGAGGAGGAGAACAACAACAGUAGCACCCAGCACGAGGAGGAGGAGGAAGAGGAGGAGAGGACAGAAGGAGGGGCGGAGCCGAGGAGGGAGGAGGAGGAUGGAGACGAGGAGGAGAUGGACCAGGACAGCGAUGAUUUUGAACACUCGGCCGAGAGUGGGCGGGAGGAGGAGGAGGAGGAAGAAGACGAGGAGGAGGAGGAAGAGGAGGAAGGAGAGGAAAGGCUGAUGUCUCCUUCCCUCAGGAACAAUGCCUCGGUUCUCACCAACAAUCUGGACUCGGGCUGCACACACCAAAGCUCUUCCAACAAAAAGAUGAAGAGAAAGUUGGACCAUGGCCCCGAGGUCCGCUCUUUCCCUUCCGGAAAAAAGCCCUGCAAAGGUCCCGAGUACCCAAGCCCGACAGGAAUCAUCCCUUGCCCGGCCACGCCCACCACGUUCGGCCACAUCAGGGCAGCCAACGGUCAGGGCCAGCAGAGGCGGCGCAUCACCUCCAUCCAGCCGCCCACGGGUCUCCAGGAAUGGCUGCGAACGUUCCAGAGCUGGACGGGCCCCGAGAAGCUGCUGGCGCUGGACGAGCUGAUUGACAGCUGCGAGCCCACGCAGGUCAAGCAUAUGAUGCAGGUCAUCGAGCCGCAGUUCCAGCGCGACUUCAUCUCCCUGCUGCCCAAAGAGCUGGCUUUGUAUGUACUGUCCUUCCUGGAGCCCAAGGACCUCCUCCAGGCUGCCCAGACGUGUCGCUACUGGCGCAUCCUCGCAGAAGACAACCUGCUGUGGAGGGAAAAAUGCAGGGAAGAAGGCAUCGAUGAGCCUCUGCCCCUCAAGAAGAGGAAAAUCGUCAAGCCGGGCUUCACCCACAGCCCCUGGAAGAGUGCCUACAUCAGGCAGCACAGAAUCGACACUAACUGGCGGAGAGGGGACCUCAAAUCACCCAAGGUGCUGAAAGGUCACGACGACCACGUGAUCACCUGCCUCCAAUUUUGUGGCAAUCGCAUUGUCAGCGGCUCCGACGACAACACGCUUAAAGUCUGGUCGGCGAUCACAGGAAAGUGUCUGCGUACGUUGGUGGGCCACACGGGCGGCGUGUGGUCGUCCCAGAUGCGUGACAGCAUCAUCAUCAGCGGCUCCACCGACCGCACACUUAAGGUCUGGAAUGCAGAGACAGGAGAAUGUAUCCACACCCUCUACGGGCAUACCUCAACCGUGCGCUGCAUGCACCUACACGAGAAAAGGGUGGUCAGUGGCUCCCGGGACGCCACCCUUCGCGUGUGGGACAUCGAGACAGGCCAGUGUUUACACGUCCUCAUGGGCCACGUGGCAGCCGUGCGCUGCGUCCAGUAUGACGGCCGGCGCGUGGUCAGCGGUGCCUACGACUUCAUGGUCAAAGUCUGGGACCCCGAGACGGAGACCUGCCUCCACACGCUGCAGGGCCACACCAACAGAGUGUACUCGCUACAGUUUGAUGGGAUCCACGUGGUGAGCGGCUCCCUGGACACGUCCAUCAGGGUGUGGGACGUGGAGACGGGCAACUGCAUCCACACGCUGACAGGACACCAGUCUCUCACCAGCGGCAUGGAGCUGAAAGACAACAUCCUGGUCUCGGGCAACGCCGACUCCACCGUCAAGAUCUGGGACAUCAAGACCGGACAGUGUCUGCAGACGCUGCAAGGUCCGCACAAGCACCAGAGCGCCGUCACGUGCCUGCAGUUCAACAAGAACUUUGUGAUCACGAGCUCGGACGACGGCACGGUCAAACUGUGGGACCUGAAGACGGGCGAGUUCAUCCGCAACCUGGUGACGCUGGAGAGCGGCGGCAGCGGCGGCGUGGUGUGGCGCAUCCGGGCCUCCAACACCAAGCUGGUGUGCGCCGUGGGCAGCCGCAACGGCACCGAGGAGACCAAGCUGCUGGUGCUGGACUUUGACGUGGACAUGAAGUGAGGGCGCCGCACCCCGCUGGCGGAGGCGGGGCUGAGGUGAGGCCACACCCACACGGGGGGGCGGGGGGCGGGGCUUGGAGGAGCGCGGCAGGAUUGAUGUACAGAGAGAUAUUAUUUUUGGAGGACACUUAAGGCCCGCCCACUCACGCCACGGGGGAGGAGUUUCAAGUUUGCUGUCGUUCCCUUCUUGACACCGCUGUGAAUUGGCGUCCCCCCCCCCCCGGUUUGUUUCACGUCCCAGUAUUAGAACCCUCGUCCAGUCUUCUCGAGACUCCGCCUCCACGAGCCGACUCGCCACUUCCAGCCCCUCCCCCUCCCCCCCGUGGCCAAACUGUAUCAAUGCUGCUAGACCAAGAGGCGUGGGGACGCAAAGAGUUGCCGUGACGUUUUAGUCCCGGGCCAAAUUCCAAACAAACAAACAAAAAAAACAAAAAAAAAGAUAACAUCGUACAGUUUUGUUGUUUUUUUGCCACUGAAACUUGAGCCAAACGUGCCUCUAGGAGGCGGAGAGAGAGGUCAGAGGUCAGAGGUCGGCAGGGGGCGGACACGGUGCAUGAGUGUUAAAAGGAAGCGUGUCCCGUUCAAAGAUGUCCCACCACACGGACUUCAAAGUGUUGCUGGACUAAAGGAAAAAGGGACACCUUUGUAGCCAAACUGUGGGCCAGUCCCAUGAUGAAGUGUGAAAGUGGUUCAACACUGUAUAGAAAACAACAAUCUUUAAUUUAUCGUCUGGUUGGACCAAUCAGAUUUGGGUUUUUGUUCCUGUAAAAGAAAAGAAAAAAGAGGACUCGGCAGACAAGAAAAAAAACCUUAAAGGGAUCGUGUAUUUGUUUCAUUCACUUAGAAUUUUAUUUUCUUAUAACUUAAAGUGCAAUAAAAUGUGGGUUUUGUUUCUUCUUUUUUUUCAUUUCAAGCAAAUCCGUUGUCUGUUUUGUUACUCGUGUGAAGGAAUCUUCUCUGUUGAAUAAAGCAAAUUAUUUGGGU